AUGUUCGCCGAAAAUACCUGGCUCAAUGUCAUCCCACGUACGAACGGCAGUGUGCUUGCGCCUCCUGCCACAAGGCACUGUUCGCCAGGCAAAGAUACCCGGGACGCCUACAUGGCAGAUGCGGACCUACCGCAAACACAUUGGAUAGAUGAGGAGAACGAUAACUUCGCUCGCGAGGACGACGACUCAGAAACUGGCUUUCUCGUCUUACAGCACAGAGUGACCCGUGCUAGUGGGAUCUGCUAA